GAACGCUCUAAGCGGCGUGACCCUGAAACAAGAGGUUUAUUGAGUUUUAAAGUGAAGCGAACGUCAUACAGGCUGCUAAAUCGAGCGAUGAAUAUUCGCUCAUCAGCCAUUCCUCGGCCCAGCUGAGAGGAGCAACUCCAUCAUGUUUUUAAUUGCGUGGCGGUAAAAUGAGCGGCUGUUGUGUUUAUUCUCCUAAGUCCAAACGUGAGAUGACUCUUUACUUUGUCUUAUUAAAGUAAGAAAACAGGCAGUGUGUUUUAGUAGCGUGCUAGCUAGACGAGGCUAACGUGAAGCUAACGGCUAACUAUUUGGGUUCCUUCUGUUUUGUCAUCGAAGUUCGUAUCCACAGUGUUAACACAUUUACCCAAGAGAUAUUUCCAUCUAGAGUAAACCAUAUUCCAACUUGGGAGUACAUGUUAAGAAGGGUUUGGCGUAGGUCUGAAUGUCAUCACUGUGCAGCGUACGUUGCCAUCUGACAGCUAACUGUUUGCUACAUCUGUACAUGACGCUGCUAGCCACGUAAACUGCUUGGUGUUGACGUAGCAGGAGCCGCUAGGCUGCCAGUCCUCCCCAGCAGCUAUUCGCAUUUUAAGUGACACCCACCAUUUAUAUUAACCCAGAAUUCAUCAGGUGAGAAUAACAUCGACCCAAAAUGCACUAGCUGGACUUGAACGGGUGGCCAACUGGUUUCCUGGAGCUGCUUCUUGGAGCGGAUGAUGAAGCGGGUCUUCUGGCUGCUUUCAGGCUUAAACAGAAGAAUGAUGAAGCUACUUUUUGCCCUCGCUUUGAUCGCCUACAUUGCCUCUGUUUGGGGAACAUAUACAAAUAUGAGAUCAAUACAAGAAAAUGGAGAUUUGAAGAUUGAGCAGAAAAUUGAUGAAGCUGUGGCUCCUUUGAGAGAGAAGAUUCGUGAUCUGGAACAAAGUUUUUCUCAGAAAUAUCCACCGGUGAAGUUUCUCUCCGAAAAAGAUCGAAAGAGAAUUUUGAUCACAGGAGGGGCUGGUUUCGUGGGUUCCCAUCUGACAGACAAGCUGAUGAUGGACGGCCACGAGGUGACGGUGGUCGACAACUUCUUCACCGGCAGGAAACGAAACGUGGAGCACUGGAUCGGUCACGAAAACUUUGAACUCAUCAACCACGACGUGGUGGAGCCGCUUUACAUAGAGGUGGACCAGAUCUAUCACCUGGCAUCUCCAGCCUCCCCUCCUAACUACAUGUACAAUCCCAUCAAAACACUAAAGACGAACACAAUUGGUACUCUGAACAUGCUCGGACUGGCCAAACGAGUGGGUGCAAGACUUCUGCUGGCCUCUACUUCUGAGGUUUAUGGAGAUCCAGAGGUACAUCCCCAGAAUGAGGACUACUGGGGCCAUGUGAACCCAAUUGGUCCUCGAGCGUGCUAUGACGAGGGGAAACGUGUAGCGGAGACGAUGUGCUAUGCCUACAUGAAGCAGGAAGGUGUAGAGGUGAGAGUGGCAAGAAUCUUCAACACGUUUGGUUCCCGGAUGCACAUGAAUGACGGACGCGUCGUCAGUAAUUUCAUCCUUCAGGCGCUACAAGGAGAACCUCUCACUGUGUAUGGUGCUGGAUCCCAAACUAGAGCCUUCCAGUAUGUAAGCGACCUGGUAAAUGGCCUUGUGUUACUGAUGAACAGCAACAUCAGCAGUCCAGUCAAUCUGGGAAACCCAGAAGAACACACCAUACUGGAGUUUGCCCAACUCAUCAAAAGUCUUGUUGUGAGCCGAAGCCAGAUCCAGUUUCUGUCAGAAGCCCAGGACGAUCCCCAGAGGAGGCGACCUGACAUCCGAAAAGCCAAGAUGAUGCUUGGCUGGGAACCUGUGGUGCCGCUGGAGGAAGGUCUGAACAAAACUAUUCAGUAUUUCAGCAGAGAACUAGAACACCAGGCCAACAACCAGUACAUCCCCAAACCUAAAGCCGCCCGCAUGAAGAAAGGAAGGCCUAGACACAACUGAGAAGUAGUUGUCUGCUCUGCUGUACACUCCUCUACCAUCAGAGAGACUCUCGGAGGAGCUUCUCUUUGACAUACCCUGCUGAGUACAGUCAUUUUUUUCCUUUUUUGGGACACACAGACUGCUUUCUCUCUGAGCUGUCUUUUGAAAGGUGUUGAUGCCUUGUGUCAGAGUGGCAGCUGUGAUUUGAUGAGGCCUCCCUCAAUAAAGCUUUCAGAGCUGAUGGACAAGCCUAUAUCAAAGAGGCAACAAGUUGGAGCAAAGAAUUUAAAAUUCAACCUAUGUUUGGGUUUAUUUUGUGGAUUUUGUGCUGUGUUUUGCUAUUUAAUGCAAAUCCUGUAAGCAGCUCAGACCCUGCAGAAGCAAUUGGUGUCCAUUAGUUUCAUGGUGUCUUGUGUCUGGAGAGGAGCUGCCAUGGUUUGUUUUUCCACUGGACGUCUUGUUGUGUCAAUCUGCCAGACCUGCAGCGCACAGCAGGUUAUGGACAAAUCCUCCAGAACAACCGUUUACGGCGCCAUUAUUGUUUUUAAGGAUAUCGUGUUUGUGAAAUUUUCAUGUCAUGGUGUGCAGUAUCAUAUUGAUGUGAAGAGGCUAUUUUAAUAAAAUAUUUCCAAUAA